CGUGAUGAAGCUCUGCAAUACUACCUCAACAUGCAGACAAUUAGGAACUUGGAACUGAAGGCAAAACAACUGUUUGAUCAGAAUGUCAUCAGAGGUGUAUGUCACUUGUAUGCUGGCCAGGAAGCAUGUGCAGUUGGUAUCAAUGCAGCCAUCAAAGCGACUGAUCGCCUCAUCACUGGGUAUCGUUGUCAUGCCUUCACAUUAAUGCGAGGUGGCCCUCUUAGGGCAAUUGUGGCUGAGCUCGCGGGACGAAAGACGGGGAUUUCAAAAGGCAGAGGAGGAUCCAUGCAUAUGUUUACCAAAACCUUCUAUGGAGGUUAUGGUGUUGUUGGAUCUCAGGUUUCUCUGGGUGCUGGUCUAGCUCUUGCAUGCAAGUACCAGGAGAACAAUGAGCUAUGUGUAUGUGUCUAUGGUGACGGGGCAGCCAACCAGGGGCAGGUUGCUGAGACCAUGAACAUGGCAGCGCUUUGGAAGUUGCCCAUCAUAUUUGUCUGUGAGAAUAAUAAAUAUGCAAAAGGAACGUCAAUGGAGAGGUGCACUGUAAACAGGAACUUCUACAAGAGAGGAGACAUCAUUCCUGGACUAAGGGUGGACGGCAUGGACAUCCUCUGUGUUCGAGAGGCUACCCGGUUUGCUUCUGAUCACUGCCGGACUGGGAAAGGACCCAUUGUUAUGGAGCUUCAGACAUACCGCUAUUAUGGACACCAUCAGCUUGAUAAUGAGUCCAUGUAUCGCUCAGUGGAUGAAGUUGAUGAGGUCCGCAGAACUAGAGACCCCAUCUCACAACUUGAGGGUUACAUCAUCAGGAACAAUCUGGCCAUCACGGAGGAACUUAGGCAGAUUGAUGAUGAAAUAAAAAAGGAUGUAGAAGAAGCAACACGAUUCGCUAUCAGAAGCCCUGAACCACUGGUGGAGGAGUUGUGCAACCACAUUUACUGCAAUCAUCCAAUGCAAGAUGUACGCGGCAUCAAUUCCUGGGCUAAAUUGAAAUCUGGAAGCUAAACAGCAACAACUUGCCAAACAUCACACUCAAGGUCGUAGGUUUGCAUAGG